UUUGAGCAACACAGUCAACGUUUUUAUACCCCGCAGGUCACCUGCUGCGUGGUUUCACUGAGAAUCUUGGAUUAAAAUGGCCACCCGAUACAUCAAGCACAAGUACCUGUGGAUUUAUGUUUUAAACUAUGAGAAACAUUAGAAAAAAGCAAUAAUGGAGAUUUCACCCGGGGAAAAUUUGGAGGGACAUCAAUGUUGGACAGGUUCAGGAUUACAGAACAUUGCCUUCUCAAAACAGGAGCUAACCUCAGAAAGCUCCUCUCUGUCAGCUAGCGGCUCAGCAAACCGCAGAGGGGAUGAUUGCCUGCCUGUAGCCCAAGGCACCCUGUUGGUGUCGGAUGAAGACAUACACAGGCAAAAGGAGAGUAUUAGUUGUGUCAGUCCUGAUGAUGUUGAAUCCAAUGAAGCUUUGCGCUUACAGCACCCGGAACAGUCGACCGUUCUCAGUGAAGCCCCCUUGGACCUCUGCCCAGUGGCCUCAGCUCAACUUCAUGAAGCAGGUAUUGUGUCCACGUUACCUUGGACAGAUGACAACUACUGUUCGCAUCCUGUUCCUGAUGCAGAGGACCAGGUGGUUCAGAAACAUACUGGUCAGGUGAUGGAUUUAAAUUUUGGAUGUGUAAAGACACCCUUAAAGACGUUAGAGACAACCUCAAAUGGGCAUGACUUUAUGCCUCCUGGGGACCCGUCUCCCGUCCUCAAUCUGGAAUCCACUCCAAUCCUCACUGUCCCUGCAACUGUCCCUGUCCCUGGCCUGAGAGCCCUUGAUCUCCCACGCAUUGUGAAGCACAAACCGGGCUCCAUCACUUUCUCACACUCGCCGGGUCCCUCUGGAGCUGACGGACAUGCCUUUGUCCACGACAGUUCCGACAACGGAGAGUCAUCGCUGGAGGAGGAGGACGAUGAUGAUCACAAUGAUGAUGACGGUGACGAUGGUGACGACGACGACGACGUGUUCUCAGAGUGUCCUCAGAGUAGAGAGCAUGUUGUCAAUCGCAGACCGCGGAGCGCAGGUAUUGACAAAGAGAAGAGGAGAGGAGCAGGAAUCCACCACACGGCCCAUCACUGUGGUUGUGAAGCAGAGGGAGAGACCAGCAGUACGAAGGAGUCGGCGCAGGUCAUGUCUCCCUGGUCAGAGUCAAUGAGCCAGCUGAUGAGGAAACUGGACCAGCUUAAUCUAGACAUUGAGGAGGCGCUGAGUGCAAACUCCUCUCCCUCCGACACACCCUGCACCACCCGCAAGAAACAGUGUGGAGCUGUUUCCAAGUCCACGUUGAACCAAGCCCCGGACAACCAAGUCCUCAAACAACCAGGCGGAGGGGAAUGUCCGAGCCAGGGCCGGUCCUCUGCUCCUCCCGGCGCCUCGAUGGGAACGAGAGCAAUGACCAAGAAGACGAUGUUCAAUAAGACGACCAACGCAACAGGGGCAGAAAUUGAGGCGAAAGAGGCUUGUGACUGGCUGCGGGCAGCAGGAUUUCCCCAGUAUGCUCAACUCUUUGAAGAUUCCCAGUUUCCUAUUGACAUCAGUCCGGUGAAAAGAGACCAUGACUUUCUGGACAAAGACCUCGUGGAACCUCUGUGCAGGCGACUCAAUACCUUGAACAAGUGUGCCUCUAUGAAACUUGACGUGAACCUUGCAAAAAAGAAAAGCGAAGACUCUGAUGAAGAAGACCUGUUUGCUAUCAGUGACAAAUGGACUUUCGAGUUGAGCAGCCGGCGUUGGUCCAGGCUACAGGACAUUGACUGUCUGCUGGGAAACCACGGAGAGGGUCAGCACUCCAGGGACGGCGUGCCUCUGAGAACCACCACCAGUAGCGAGAGUGUCCUCACGGACCUCUCGGAGCCGGAGAUCUCGUCUCUGCACAGUGAGAGCAGCGGGGGCAGCGGCCACAGGGGCCUCAGCGCGGAGGACUCUGACUGCUCCAACCGCACCGGCUCCGAUUCUGCAGCAAUGCCCGACUCCACUUCUCUCACAAUGCCUCACAUCCACAAAGAAAUUGCUCACUACAGCUCUUUGCCCGAUAAGCACGGCAAGACAAGCCGCAUCCGUGCCAAAGACUUCCUGAAGCGCAUGGAGACACUGCGCUCCCGCGGAACUCUGGGAAAGGGCCGCAAGCCGCUGGUCAUCAGCUCUCCAGUGCUUCAGCACGAGGCCAAGGCACUGAAGACCUUGCAGUGUGUCGAGAUCAUGAAUGAAGAUAAUGGACCUCCAGGAAUAGCGCCCAACAAAGCUCUGCCGUCCCAGUCCGGUAGUGAGGGCAGCAGCCAUUCCAGCGGCAGCGCCGUCAGCACCCCCAGCCUGAAAGAGCGCAAGCCCCACAGGGCGGACUACAAGCGCAGCGGCAUGUAUUUGGAGGACAUAGACGUCUUCUCGAGCGCCCCAGUGAAUGAAGUCGCAGAACAAAACCGCCAGAAUGAUUUCUGCUCCUACGAAGACCUGGUGGUCCACAUUCCGAAAGACCACAAGCCAGGAACCUUCCCCAAAGCCCUGUCCAUAGAGAGCCUCUCCCCAACCAACGGGGCCUCUAUGGACUGGCACACAGGCAGCAUGCACCUGAACUCACCGCUGACUCCUUGUAGGAAGGAAUCCAGGCCCGUCACGCAGUGCUGCUCCAGAGGCAGCCGCGUCAGUGUGUAUGAUAACGUGCCCGGGUCGCAUCUGUAUGCCAGCACCGGGGACCUGAUAGACCUGGAGAAGGAGGACCUGUUCCCACACUUGGAUGAUAUCUUGCUGCAUGUCAAUGGUCUGCAGCAGAUAGUUGACCGAUGGUCCAAGAAUGUGUUGCCCGUCAGUGAAGGGUUGGCGAAAGUGGACGGCGAGAUGGAACAUACAGUAGGCCUUCAGUCUGCAAGUCAGAUCACACUGGACUUUGAGGGAAAUUCUGUAAGCCAUUCAGAAGGCCAGACCAAACCCAGUUAUGUGUACGGAGACAGAGAAUCACUUGCGGACACCGAAUCCACAAUCCUCAGGGAGAGGAGGGACUCUGGAGUAGGUGCUUCACUCACAAGACCUAAUCGGUUACGAUGGCCGAGCUUUCAGAUAUCUAAUCGCCUCAGUCACUCGGUGGCAUCACUGCAGAUCACCAACCAGUCAGCGGGCCAGCUGAGCUUGUUACAGAGGUUUUCUCUGCUGCGCCUUACUGCAACCAUGGAGAAGUACUCGAUGUCCAACAAGCAUGGAUGGAUCUGGUCGGUGCCAAAGUUUAUGAAGAGAAUGAAGGUACCAGACUAUAAGGACAAAAAUGUGUUCGGCGUGCCUCUGAUCGUGCAUGUGCAGCGUUCUGGACAGCCGCUGCCCCUCGGCCUGCAACAGGCCCUGCGGUACCUGAGGAGCCAGUGUCUUGACCAGGUGGGUCUCUUUCGUAAAUCAGGGGUAAAGUCUCGAAUUCAAGCUCUCAGGCAGAUGAAUGAGAAUUCUCCAGACAAUGUCAACUAUGAGGACCAGUCCGCCUAUGAUGUGGCUGACAUGGUGAAGCAGUUCUUCAGGGACCUACCUGAGCCUCUGCUCACCAGCAAGCUGGGGGAGACCUUCCUCCAUAUCUACCAAUAUGUGCCCAAGGACCAAAGGUUGCAGGCUGUCCAGGCAGCCAUCAUGCUGAUGUCAGAUGAAAACCGAGAGGUGCUGCAGACGUUGCUCUGUUUCCUCAGCGAUGUCACUUCCUCCGUGGAAGAGAACCAGAUGACACCCAUGAACAUCGCUGUGUGCCUGGCCCCCUCCCUCUUUCACCUCAACAUACUCAAGAAAGACAAUCUCUCGCCAAGGGCCAUGCAGAAGAAGUAUGCUACUGGCAGACCAGACCAGAAGGAUCUGAAUGAAAACUUGGCAGCAACACAGGGUCUUGCUCAUAUGAUUAUAGAGUGCAACCGUCUCUUUGAGAUCCCUCAUGAGAUGGUUACUCAGUCGCGUAAUUCAUACGUGGAGGCUGACUUGCAUGCACCGACAAUUGAAGAGCUGUGCAAGCAUCUGGAGGAUGGCGAUGGAACCUACCAAACUCACAUGGAGGAGAGACUUCAGAGCCAAGUCAAAGAGGCCCGGGAUAGGUCCAAAUACUGGGUGGCCUGCAGCAGCUCUGAUGACACAGAGCUCUACUACAAGAAGGUGGGUGAUGGAAAUCCUUUGAGACGCUGGCGAGUGUCCGUGGAGGUGGAAGCCCCGCCGUCAGUAGUGUUGAACCGUGUGCUACGAGAGCGUCACCUGUGGGAUGUGGACCUGCUGCAGUGGAAAGUUUGUGAGACCCUGGACAAGCAGACAGAGGUGUUUCAGUAUGUCCUCAAUCGCAUGCCCCCUCAUCCCAGCAGGGACUUUGUAGUACUGAGAUCAUGGAGGACCGACUUGCCCAAAGGUGCCUGCUCCCUGGUUUCUGUAUCUAUAGAGCAUGAGGAUUGUCCUCCUGUUGGAGGGGUACGAGCCAUAGUUUUGGAGUCCAACUACUUGCUGGAGCCCUGCGGCUCAGGAAAGUCCAGACUGACUCACAUCUGCAGAGUGGACAUGAAAGGAAGGACUCCGGACUGGUACAACAAAGCCUUUGGUCACCUUUGUGCUGCAGAAGCUGCCCGGAUACGCAACUCCUUUCAGCCACUAAUCACAGACGGCCCAGAGACCAAAAUCUGAAACUGUGUCUGCUCAGCCUUGACAUCAAGAUUGAGCCUUUGAGUCAUUGCUAACAGGCAGACACAAAGCAUAGACAUGACCCCGGAACUAAAGCACAGUUUGAAACGUUUUUCUUUUUUUUUCCUGGGUAGAAAUGCUCUGAAUACUAUUUUGAGCUCCUCUGUACUUGCACAAUGACAAAAGAGGACAUCUUCUAGGUGCUGAGCAUAAUUACUCACCGGAAAAUGAAUCAUCCUGCCGAUGUUCUUUUGCCAUAUUAUUCUAUUUACCAUGAUGUUGCUAAACCUGUACGUUAUAAUUAUUAUCUUUAAUGAUAUUCUAUUACUGUUACUUUAAUCUACAAUGUCAAGGACAUUCAUGGUUUUAAACGCUUCUGGGAAGCAUGUUCAUGUUAUUCAUUUUCAGAUUUAAAGCUAAAAUAUUAUGUAGACUAUUUAUAUAUAUAUAUGUGUGUGUGUGUGUGCGUGAAUAUACUGUACAUCCAAAUAAGAUGUAUAUAUUGUAUAUAUGUGAAGGGAUAAAUAGUACAUAUGUUAAUAUCCUAUAUGUUGAUUAUUUCAGUGUCUACCCUUCCGCGAUACAAGUGGCACAAAAUUGUAAGCUGGUUUUACUUUGCUCCAGUAUUUCCAUCUUGGAAUGGGUGUCAUUUUAUUCAACUUUGAGCUCCCAUGGUUGUGAAAAGAAUGACUUAAGGUUUGACUUCGUCAUACCUGCUUAAGGGUACUGGAUUAUGCUAUGUUACGUACAGGCGAUAUACUUUUUUAAUAAAAUUAUAAAAAUGA